AUGGCGCUGGACCUCGAGCUGCGUCGGGCGCUCGCCGAGAUCAACAAGGAGCUCGACGGCCCGCCGCCGCCACCGACAGCUGCGCCACGCACCAUCGUGCAGGCCUCGACGCUGCUCGCAAAGCUGCAGCAAUGGACGUCGCUCGGCAACGUGGCCGAGGACCAGCUGCGCCUCACGGAGCUCUUGCCGUGCAUCGCCGAGGUCGCGCUCAAGCAAAGCGACGUGGGCACGUCCGAGGCCUGUGUCGAGUGGUACCUGACGCUCGCGUAUCCCAAGGACCAGUUCUACUGCCGGGCGCUCUUGGUCCGCGCGGCGUAUCUUGGCGCCAAGGCGCGCGCACUCACCGGACAGAGCUGCGUCGGACAAGUCCAGUACGCCAUCCACUGGAUCCUCGUCGCGCUCAAGCUCGCGCUCGAGCCGAGUAGCCGGCCGCACUACGAUUUUUUGGUCUAUAACGCCAGCGUCGCGUACUGGCACGUGGCCCGCCCGCUGUUGCGGCCACGCACGAGCAAGUACCUCAUCGAGUCGCUCGUCGCGCUCCUCGACGGCCUCAAAAGCAUCAACGACGCCAAUAAAGCGUGGCUCAUUCGGUUUGAACUCACGCUCGCGGCCGCGUACGACGACGACAAGCAGCUCGCCAAGGCCGGUGCGGUCGCCCUCGAAGCCUCCGAACACGCCUUGGCGCUCAUGCAGCUCUCCAAGAACGCGCCGGCGAACGUCCUUUUAUUCGAAGAGGCGUGCUUUCUGCAAAUUCACCUCGGGCGAUACAAAGACCCCGAGUGCGCGAAAGGCCUCGCGGCCGCCAAGAAAGCCAUGACGACGCGCCGCGGACAAAUCCUAUACGCGAUCCAAGCGAUCAAGAGCAAGAUCGUAUUGCCCGAAGCGCUGCCCGCUGCAUUUGCCGAGCUCUUUGAGCUCGUGACCAAAACCAAGCUCGAGGCCUAUUUGCACAAGCCAAUAGACGCCUUUCCUGCGCUUCAAGACGGCAGCGUCGACUGGGACAACCUCGUUGAAGUCGGGCUCCUCGGCGUCUUUCAGCACCAGCUCGAGGUCGCCCGCAUCGUCGAGCAUCUCGUGCACGAGAACAAGCGCGUCUCGGCGCGCGCACGCAUCGUCGUCGACGUUCUGCGUUGUUUUGUGCACUUGCUGGAGAAGGCGGAUGCGGCCACCUUGGACGCCCGGCAGCGCGAGGCCGCGCGGUUGAGUCACCACGUCGAAGGCGUCAAGCUCCUCGAGCGGUCGCUCACGGCCGCCAAGCGCGUCGGCGACGCGCACCUCAUGCAGGACAUUUGCAUCUACGCGUGGAACGUGGCGCUGCCGCUGCUCGAGCCGCAUUUACGCAAGCACGUGCACCGGCUCUUCACGGCGGCCACGGCACUCCUCGAAGAACUCGACUCGCCGCUUGUGACGCUCCGCGCUCAAAUGCACUUGGAGACGGCCAAGUGCGAAAUGCAGUGCGAUUACCUCGCCAAGGCGUCCGUGCACGUCAACAAGGCGCUCGUCCUCGACUACGGCGAGGUUGCUUCGAGUGACGAGAGCGCCCACCCGAGCGCCAAGGCCAAGGCGCCGAGCGCGAGUGUCGAGGUGGUCCGAGCGUUUGAUAAAUAUCUGCUCCCGAUGAAGCGCGUCCUCGACCUCAAGUCAAAUCUAUACGGCGAGCCGGACGCGAUCGAAGACCAAGCGCUCAUUUACGUCGAGCAGUCCAAGGAGUCGCACGACAAGCACCUCAAGCUCACGUGGCUCAACAAAGCCGUGACGCUCCUCGAUGCCUCCGCGCCCGAGUCGCCCAGCACCCUCGAGAAGGACAUUUUCAAGAAGCGAUUCGCGCUCUGGUAUGACAUUGCGACCCUCGCCUGGGACGUCAAGGCGAUCGAGACCACGCGACGCGGCGCGGGCCGGGCCCACAAGUAUGUGUUUGCGCUCGUCGACCUCGAAGCGGUCCAGCAAGCGCGACUUCAUUUCGUGCUGGCCGAGACGUAUACGCUCGAGAUGCAAAAGCUCAAGCAGGAGCACCCGAGUUUGGACGGACGGCUCGGGCUGCUGGUGAAAGCGGGGGACGCCCCCGACGACAUUUUGAGUGCGUGGAACGAGUGCAAGGGCCACGUCAUCGAGGAGAUCCUCAAAGGCUUGCAGCGCGGGCUCGACACGAAGGCGACGCAUGUGAUCCACAACGCGGCCGCGUACCUCUGGAAUUACCACUACGGACUCUUUGGCCAUUCGGAACUCGACCUCGACCUUGUGCUCCCCGAACUUAUCACGGCAAUGGAGAAGGCGUUCCACGCGCUUUUGGGUCUCGAAGGCAUCGCGUACCAUUUGCCGCUCUUGGCGAGCGUCGCGCAAGGGCUCACGCGACUUUACGCCGGCAAGUUGAACGAUAUCGAGGCGGUCGUUGACGCCGUCCUCAAGAUUUCCGGGCUCGCGAUUCUGCAGCGCAAGGCGCUCAUUGAGAUCAAGACCCGCGUUCAGCUCGACCGGGGUGGAAAGGAGCCGAUCGUGGGGGACAAUGUGCCCAUGAAGGUCGUGAGCUGCCUCACGCUCCUCGACGCGCUCCAGAACGAGAGGCGCGGUGACGAUGUCGACGUCAAAGGGCAAAUGGACAAGACCCUCGGGCUCUUCCAGAAAGCGACGGGUCUCUGGACGCCGUUCGCCGCCGACCACUUGGCCGCAAAGGAGUCCUGCCUCGAGCUCGACCAGCAGAAGCGCGAGUUCCACGCGGAAGUGUGGGUGCGCCUCGCCAAGACCGCGGUCUUUCUCGAGCGAUCCCACGAAGCGCAAAAGUUCUGUGAGCUCGCGUUGGCACCGUUAGCGGCCAGUGACAUCCCAUCCGGAUUGCUCAUUCCCGCGAUCUGGCGCUGGUACGCCUUGGCGCAGACCGUGUGGGCGCAAGCGAUCCUGGAUCUCGCCAGCGGCACCGAGACGCAAGAGCGCGACAUCAAGCAUGAACUCGCACUCUUUGCGGUGCAGCAUUUGCUUCUCGCCGCCGAGUUUGGAGUGCGCGCGGGGAAUCCCCGGCUCGUCGAGCGCGCGGCCAUGGUCAUGUGGAACGGUGUGCUGGAUAUUCUGGAUGCGAACGCGUCUCCGAACGUGACGUUUCGGCGCAAGCUGUUGCCCGACUUGCAGCGCAUGCUCUCGCACUUGGAGGCGGCCGGCGCGGCGUCCGACUGGGCUUCCGCCUCGAAGCUGCAUCUCUGGGAGCCCGGUCUCGACGCUGUCGAAGCCGCGUUCGCAUCGAUUCCCGCGUACUACCAGCGGCCACUGUGGCAGUACCGCGUCAUCUUUAUGAGCAAACUCGGCAAGUCGGUGCAAGACGGCUUUGCCAAAAUGAAAGACAAUGACGUCUUACUGCAGGCGCGCGUCGCCAAGCGCGUCGCUGCGUCGUCGACGGAUGCGGCCGCGCAGUACAAGGCGCUCUUCCGCACGGUGAAGGAUCUCGCGGGCAUGCCGGAGCAAGCGCAGUUCCAGCUGGAGAUUGCCGAGUGGCUGUACACCAACCAGUUUCCACUCGACGACGUCCACGACCAGAUCCACACAGCGCUUAGCCUUGUCUUGCCGCUCAUUUGGAAGGACGCGCUCCCGACCAACGAAAAGGGUGCGACCAAGCGCGUUAAAGCCAAGAAGAAGAAGGACGAAUCGGUGGUCCUGCAGUGGUGGCACCUUGACGUUGCACUGCGCGGCUACGUGAUGCUCGCGACCGCCGCGCACUCGUUCGCCGAGCGUCUCGAGUACGUCCUUGCCGGGCUUGGCCACGUGCUCAAGAUGUGGCACGUGCUGUGCGACGAGCUCCAUUUGCUCGAACUCCAAGCGGCCUUUGAGAGCUACUCGCAGCAGCAAACCGGCGACAAACUCGAGACGGACUUUGAAGUCUGGAGAGGCCAGUCAAGCUUGGCGCCGUCGUUGGCACUGCCCAUUUCCACGACCGAGUGGGUCAAGCUCGACACAACACCGCAUUUACCGAGGCUCUGCGGUGAGACCCCGGCGGCGAAGCACUCGCCGCUGACGCUGCAUCCCGAGAACGUGACGCACCCGACGCUAACACUGCACUACCUCCUCCAGCUCAUUGAAAUGGCAGUCGGUCAUUGCCUCCACAGCCACGCGCUGCCGUGUCUGCACUUGGCGCAUGCGAUCGCAUAUGGCACGCGGGCGUCGGCGUCGUCGAGCCUCGGGGACGUCGCGCUGCUUCCGAUUUUACUGGAUCUGCGGCUCGCUUCGUUGCUCGAAGCCAUGGCCUACAUCGAGCCGAGCCAAGUCUAUCUCAAGCGCGCGAUCGAGGCGCUUCGGGGGCAGCCAGGUGCUCCGACAUCAGAGAAGGCGCUCGCCCACAGCGCGACGUCCGACCUCCUCCGGCGACGCAAACUACUCUUUUCAAAGUACAGUGUCGUGGAUCUGGGCCUCGAGAUGGUCGAGCUUUUGCUCCAGAGCGGCUUUCAUUUGCAAGUCAAGCAACUCUUGGCGGCGUUGCCGACCAACGACGAGCCAAGCGGCGCAGCAUGGGCCGACUAUUGCGCGGGCCAGCUCCACGCCCGGGAAGGCGACCACGCGAUGGCCCUGCGGCAUUUCACGAGCGCCGUCGGGACGCCACACCUCGACGUGCAAGCGUAUACCAAGUACGUGCUCGCCCUCGCGUCUCUCUACGCCAAAAUGAAGCGCAUCAAAGACGCCAAGGACCUUGUCGCGGCCGGUCGCCACGCCGUGGCCCAGCUGCAGUUGAUCCCGCUCUCGCCCGUCGCGCGCGCGGUCGUGGGCGACGACAAGACGCAUCUGAUGGACCUCGACUCGAUCACGUGCCUUUCUCAGCUGGAGGCCAUGUACGCGACCGUGCUCGUCCAGGAAAGCCAGAGCUUAUUCGCGACCGGCGGCGAGUGGCAGCCGAUCUGGGCCGAAGCGACGCGGCUUUUCAGUGAGAGCAGCAGCCGCCUCUUGCCCCUUGGCGGCAACCUCGUCAUGGCCGACACCCUCUCGGCGUACGGAGUCCUAUUGCGCGAGCGCAGUGGGAGCUGGAACCUGAUCGAUACCGACGUGAGUCUGCUCGACGCAGCCCGGUCGCAGCUGCUUAGUGCGCACGCGUACAUCGAGUCGCUUUGGGCGCUGGCGUCCCACGAGCCCGUGCUGCAAACGCGCUUGGCGCAGAUCAAGUACGAGCUCGGCUGUGUCGACGUGGUGGCGAGUAUGGUCCACGACGAGACGCACAUGGUCGUCUACCAGGUCGAGAGCGACGCCAAGAAGAACCUCGUAGAGCUAUGGCUCGCGCACACGGCGCCCAAGACUCCAAAGACAGCAGAAGAAAUGUGUGUGCCACCGGCGCAGAAAGCACUCCUAUACUUUUCCACGAGUCUCCAGCUCGAUCCGGCGCAUUGCUUGUCGGCGGCCGGCGUCGGCCAGUGCCUUCGUCUGCACCUCCCACCCACAUACGAAGCAUGGGUCUAUGGCCAGGACACGCUGCGAAAGCAAGGGAUUGCGUGCAGCACGGGCACGCCAGCGCUGGCGACAGAGGCCAAGGUCGACGACGUUGCGCGGUACCUCACGCAGCUGCUGGCGACAGCCGUGAAAGCACAGCACCGCCGCGUCAUCCAGCACGUUUGCUACGAGCUUCUACAGGUCUAUGGCUGCCAGCAGCCGCUCUUGGCGGCCAAGUACUUGCUCUGGUUUCAAAGCUGCGUCGCGAGUGCGUAUGCCGAGUCGGUGUUUUACCAAGCCGCCGAGCCCACGAACCGCCCGUCGCUCUUCAUGCAGCGAGCGCAGCAGCUACCAGCGACGAGCAUUCCUGGGCAGCUCGCCAAGCUCUUCCUCGAGUCGCAGUCGGAGACGUGGCGCCGCCUUCAAGUCACUGCCGACAUUGAUACUGUUCUCGCGAGUCUGCCGCCCAACUACAUGUUACUGAGUCUACAACUCUCGCUCGACGGCAAGUACCUCUUUGGCAGCCUCACGGGCGGGUCGGCGACGCCGGUCGUCGCGCGCAUGGAGCUCCACCGGCCGCGGCGUCUCGCCUUGCGCGAGCUACUGGCCAAGCUCCGAGCCAUGCGCGUGGGCAGCGUCAAGCAGCUUUUGCAGUACAGCGACUUGCCGUACGGUGAGUCGGACGAGUUUGAGUAUGCGACCAACGAUGGCCACGACGACCCGCUCGAAGCGAUGUUCCAAUCGCUGGUGGAGGAAGCCCGGACGCUCUUUGGUUCGUUCUUGCACUGCUUCACCGAGAGCUUUCCACUAAAGACCAAGGACGACAUGCUGACGCUGCUCCUCGUGGACCCGUCGCUCGAGCCCAUCCCGUUCGAGGCGUUGCUGGAAGGCGGCGACGCGCGCGACCUCUCCGUGCACCUCCUCGCGCAGCGCUACGCAAGCCUGAAGGUGUCGCCCUUCAAGCGGGACGACCUCUUCUUCAUCGCCGACCCUCGCCACGACGACCCCACCGAGGUGCCACCGACGUCGAUUGCACCAACCUUGCAUGCGAUCAAGACGAUCCCGAGCUUCCAGUGGCGCGGGCUCACGGGUCAAAAAUGCGUGCCAAGCGUCGGUGAGUGGCAGGUGGCGCUCACGGGGCGCCACGGCGGCGGCCUCCUCUACUACGGCCCGAACCGGACGCUCGCGCACUUUAGCCCAUCGCACCUCGCGGGCCUGAACGCGACCAAGUGCAAUCUCGUGUGGGGUGCAAGCCGCAUGGAGAACUACGCGAGCUACCGCCGGCAGAGCAAGAGCGACACGCACAAGUCGAAGGAGAUGCUCAGCCUCGAAGACAGCUUCAACAGCACCGUGCUCUUCUCGCUCGCUGGCGUCAACUCCAUUGUCAGCAACCAGUGGGCGUCGUCGUUUCUGGCCAACCACCGGAGCGUCACGACGACGUUGGGGCUCAUGGCCAAGAACGUUCCGCUCGCGAAAGCGAUUCGCCGCGUCGGUGACACGUGGUACCUGGCCCACGCGCCCAAGUCGCAGGCCCGCAGCACCGUCAAGAGCGUGCCAUUGAAAGGCCGUGUCCUCUACAAUCCGAUCGUCUACGGCCUCCCGACGCUCUAA